GGCCGGUGGGCGGUGCCGCGAUGCCACGUCAGGCUUGAGCCGGAGCUAACGGAUCCCGGCGAGGGAGCAAGGACAAUGGCAGCGUGCAGGCGGCUGUGGGGAGCUGGGCUCUGGCAUGCAGGCGCCGUCGUGACUGUCUGUGCGAUGCUGAUGUGGUCUGUCUCCUCGCAUGAAGGCUUCCAUGGCCACGGGCAUUCCCAUGAGGACUUGCACCAUGGCCACAGCCACGCUCACCAUGGACACGAGGACAUUUGGCACGGUCACACACACGAGGACCAUCAUGGACACAGCCACUCUCACGGGCAUGAUCACGAGGACGCUCACCACGGGCACACGCAUGAGGAUGCUCACCAUGGGCACGGUCACACGCACGAGGACCCCCAUCACGGACACAGCCAGUGGCAUGGGCACGCUCACGAGGAUGCUCAUCACGGGCACGCUCACGAGGAUUUUCACCAUGGGCACGGUCACACGCACGAGGACCCCCAUCACGGACACAGCCACUGGCAUGGGCACGCUCACGAGGAUGCUCACCAUGGGCACGCUCACGAGGAUUUUCACCAUGGGCACGGUCACACACACGAGGACCCCCAUCAUGGACACAGCCAGUGGCAUGGGCACGCUCACGAGGAUGCUCACCAUGGGCACGGUCACACACACGAAGAUCCCCAUCAUGGGCCCAGCCAUGUCCAUUUCUCUGAGGAUUCCCUCCAGCAUGGACAGAGCCACUGGCACGGGGCUCAUGCCAGCAGUCCCAGCCAGGCUGAAUCCCCCCCUAGCCAUGGGACGCCGCCUCUGAAGAGAGAGAGGAUGGAGCCGGUGCAGCUGUGGUCCUAUGCCAUCGGGGCCACCCUCCUCAUCAGCGCCGCCCCCUACUUCAUCCUCUUCCUGAUCCCCGUGGAGUCCAACUCGGCCCAGCACCAGGCCCUCCUCAAGCUGCUCUUGAGCUUUGCCUCGGGGGGGCUCUUGGGGGACGCCUUCCUCCACCUCAUUCCUCACGCGCUGGAGCCUCACUCCCAUCACGGAGAAGGAGGGGGGCACUCCCAUUCCGAGGCAAAGCCCCCUGGCCACGGACAUUCGCACCAAGAUCCUGAGCACCAGCACGUGAUGUCGGUUGGACUUUGGGUUCUCGGGGGCAUUGUGGCGUUCCUGGUUGUGGAGAAGUUUGUCAGGCAUGUCAAAGGAGGCCACGGGCACACCCACGGGCACACCCACGCUGCCAAGGCCAAAUGCAGCGAUGAUGAGGGGGAGAACGAAGCCCCCCAGGGAGCGGCAGAGAAAGCUGCAGCCAAGAAGGCGGCUGCGGAGCCCAAGGCCAAGCCCCCAGCGUCUGCCAUGCGCGUCGCUGGUUACUUGAACUUGGCAGCAGACUUUGCCCACAAUUUCACGGACGGGCUGGCCUUGGGGGCCUCGUUCUUGGCGGGCAGCACUGUGGGGGCUGUUACCACCUUGACGGUGCUGCUGCACGAGGUGCCCCAUGAAGUGGGCGACUUCGCCAUCCUGGUGCAAUCCGGCUGUAGCAAGAGGAAGGCCAUGAAGCUGCAGCUGGUGACGGCCCUGGGGGCGCUGGCAGGCACGGUCUGCUCCCUGCUGGCUGAGGGCGUGGGGGAGGCUGCCACCGCCUGGAUCCUGCCCUUCACGGCUGGGGGCUUCAUCUACGUGGCCACCGUCUCGGUGAUUCCGGAGCUGCUGCAGGAAUCGGGGCCCCUCCAGUCCCUGCUGGAAGUGCUGGGACUGGUGGCUGGGGUGGCCAUGAUGGUUUUCAUUGCUCAGUACGAGUAGCUGGGACUGCUGGAGAGAAGAGACUGAGCGCCUGCACUCCUGCCCAGGACGGAGCCCAGAAACCCCUCCUCGCUUUAGCCUGCUAAGAAGCGGAGAGUAACAUCCGCCAGUCCCCCUCGGCCAUGCCUCUGUCCUCCCCCUGCUCCCCAAUUCUGCUUUUACUGUGAGAAUUCAGGCUCUGGUUGUGUUGCUGACCCUGCUGCGCACCUUCCCUCCUGCAGGGGGUGCUGUGGGGGGGGUCGGUGAGAGGAGGAGGAGGCGGCGGCCAGUCUGGCCCUCCAAGGUGGAUUCUGCCCGAGGAGGAUGCAGUAAUCAGGACAGCUCUUCUCUUGGGGCGAUGAAGGAAUACUGGGGGAGGGGGAGGGAGUUAAAAUCCCUGUGCCAGGAGCCCCCCAUGCCCCAAUGGUGGUAGUCAGCCUGCGAGGCCAUGAGGCUGUGUCUCUGUUGGGGGGGUGGGAUGUGUGUUUGUGGGGGGUGGAUUCUGCAGCUUCUCUGAUGAGCAAGCUCCCUUCCCAGCCUGUUAUUUGGGACGGGGGGAGAAGCAUCUGCAAGGGACCAAAAGUAGAGGGGGGGGGACAUUUGGAAAUCAUGGCUCCAAUUCUUAGAAGGGGGCUUGGGAGGAUCCACGUGGACUUGGUGGCAUUCAAGGAGAGACAGGCCAGAACCGUCGUCACAAAGUUUGUGAACUCCAGACUGAUGGGUGGUGGU